CGCGCGCAUUCACGUGACAGGGGCGGGACCCGCCAACCUAGAUCCGGUCACGUGAGAAUGCCCUACCCGCCAAUCAGAAGGCGGCGCAUCAGGGCGGGGGCGGGAGGAGCUGUGGCUCUUUGAUUGGCGGAAUGCUCCUUGGAGGCCUCAGGGGCUUGGGGCGUCGGAAAGUGUGCGAGGUGGCUUGCGCUGUGUGCACCAGCGCAGACAAAGCGGUGGUUCUGGUGGCCGUGGCUGUUGUGGCGAAGGCGACAGUGCUUUUCUAAACGCCGAAUUUCGCGGCGCCAAGUCCUGACAUCAUCUCAUCCAGCUCGGCGCGCGAGGGCUGUGGCAGCGGCGGCGGCAGCAGCACAUGGUUCCGAGAGCGCGCUGCGGUUGUUGGGUUCCAAUUCUGCAGGGAGGGACAAAGGCAGCAGGGAGCGCCGGGCAACGCCCGGUCUAGUGGUGUGCUUGCCACUGCCCUCGUUCCGGUCUGUGAACAUUGGGACUACUUGCCGCGAGGAGGAGACCACGAGACAGAGGCCCGGGAAGGGUCUGAGAGGCUAAGGCCGCUGUCUGAGGGAGGGGGGAGGGGCGCGGGCCGCCUGAAGUGAUUUGGGCGGGUCAGUUGUGAGGCAUUUUAAGGGCUAGUGUGAGGUAAUUUGACUCACCACCCUGAGGGGAUUAGGGCGGGACAGCAAACUGGGCUCAAUAGGGCUUUGAAAAAAAGAAAUCGUCAGCCCCUGGGAGUUAUUUCACUUGGGGAGGUGGUGAAGCCGGAACUAGUGCCACAUGCACUCCGUGGACAUCUUGGUCUCCAAUCUAGGGCCUGUUUAAGGAACCUGGCAUCGGUAGUAGUGAAGACAUGGGUGAUUGUUAAGUUUUCUGACAAAAGCGGGUACAUUUCCGGAUUGGUAAGUUUUCAGAGUGGUAAAUUUUUUGGGGGAAAAAACGGCUCAAAGAACACGAAGAUGGAGCAGUAAUAAACUGCCAACUCAAAGACUACUACAAGACCAUUCGCGUUUGACUCAGAUUGCCCGGAUUGAGCUGUCGCAACUUAACGCUAAAGGAAAGCUCCUUGGGACUGCAGGUUUAUGACGUAGUUCAUUCCAGAAUACUACUACAUAGUCAUUGAGAAGAGGAAAAAAAAACACUUGAAGAAAUCACUUGUACUUUUAAACAUCUAUUUGAAUAAUAUCUUGGAUAGAUACUAGGUGACUUUGGUUAACUCAUUAAGGAGCACAGAAAUACUAAAUCUUUGUUGGAAAGAAUCCUGGAAAAAACGAAUACAUUAUAAAGUCAUAGUUCCCAGUUAGCUGUAAAAGACUGGAGACCUCAUUGCAGUUAUGGCUUUCACAAAUUACAGCAGUUUGAAUCGAGCUCAGCUAACCUUUGAGUAUCUGCACACAAAUUCAACCACUCAUGAAUUCUUAUUUGGUGCUCUUGCUGAACUAGUUGAUAAUGCAAGAGAUGCUGAUGCCACCAGAAUAGAUAUUUAUGCAGAAAGGCGAGAGGACCUUCGAGGAGGAUUUAUGCUUUGCUUUUUGGAUGAUGGAGCAGGAAUGGAUCCGAGUGAUGCUGCCAGUGUGAUCCAGUUUGGGAAGUCGGCCAAACGAACUCCUGAGUCCACCCAGAUUGGGCAGUAUGGGAAUGGGUUAAAAUCGGGCUCAAUGCGCAUUGGGAAGGAUUUUAUCCUCUUCACCAAGAAAGAAGACACCAUGACUUGCCUCUUCCUGUCUCGUACCUUUCAUGAAGAAGAGGGCAUUGAUGAAGUGAUAGUCCCAUUGCCUACCUGGAAUGCUCGGACCCGGGAACCUGUCACAGACAAUGUGGAGAAGUUUGCCAUUGAGACAGAACUUAUCUAUAAGUACUCUCCCUUUCGCAAUGAGGAGGAAGUGAUGACCCAGUUCAUGAAGAUUCCUGGGGACAGUGGAACACUGGUGAUCAUCUUUAAUCUCAAACUCAUGGAUAAUGGAGAGCCAGAACUAGACAUAAUCUCAAAUCCAAGAGAUAUCCAGAUGGCAGAGACCUCUCCAGAAGGCACGAAGCCGGAGCGGCGCUCGUUCCGUGCCUAUGCUGCUGUGCUCUAUAUUGAUCCCCGGAUGAGGAUCUUCAUCCAUGGGCAUAAGGUGCAGACCAAGAGGCUCUCCUGCUGCCUGUACAAACCCAGGAUGUACAAGUACACGUCAAGCCGUUUCAAGACGCGUGCAGAGCAGGAGGUGAAGAAAGCAGAGCACGUAGCAAGGAUUGCUGAAGAGAAGGCGCGGGAGGCGGAGGGCAAAGCUCGGACAUUAGAACUGCGCCUAGGUGGAGACCUCACUCGGGACUCUAGGGUGAUGCUGCGACAGGUACAGAACACAGCUAUCACCCUGCGCAGAGAAGCUGAUGUCAAGAAGAGGAUCAAGGAGGCCAAGCAGCGAGCACUUAAAGAACCCAAGGAACUGAAUUUCAUUUUUGGGGUCAACAUUGAACACCGGGACCUUGAUGGCAUGUUCAUCUACAACUGUAGCCGUCUGAUCAAGAUGUAUGAGAAAGUGGGUCCACAGCUGGAAGGCGGCAUGGCCUGUGGUGGUGUUGUUGGGGUUGUUGAUGUGCCCUAUCUGGUUCUGGAGCCUACACACAACAAGCAGGACUUUGCUGAUGCCAAGGAGUACCGACACCUACUGCGAGCUAUGGGGGAGCACCUGGCGCAGUACUGGAAGGAUAUUGCUAUUGCCCAGCGGGGUAUCAUCAAGUUCUGGGAUGAAUUUGGCUACCUCUCUGCCAAUUGGAACCAGCCCCCAUCCAGUGAGCUGCGUUACAAACGCCGGAGAGCUAUGGAAAUCCCGACCACCAUCCAGUGUGAUCUGUGUCUGAAGUGGAGAACUCUCCCCUUCCAGCUGAGUUCUGUGGAAAAAGAUUACCCUGACACUUGGGUUUGCUCCAUGAAUCCUGAUCCUGAGCAGGACCGGUGUGAGGCUUCUGAACAGAAGCAGAAGGUUCCCCUGGGAACAUUCAAAAAAGACUCAAAAACACAAGAAGAGAAGCAGAAACAGCUGACCGAGAAAAUUCGCCAGCAGCAGGAGAAGCUGGAGGCCCUUCAGAAAACCACACCUAUACGCUCCCAAGCUGACCUGAAGAAAUUGCCCUUGGACGUGACCACCAGACCUUCCACUGAGGAACCUGCACGUAGACCUCAGCGUCCUCGGUCGCCCCCUUUACCAGCUGUGAUUAGGAAUGCCCCGAGCAGACCCCCUUCCAUGCAAGCUCCCAGACCAGCCAGCCAGCCUCGAAAGGCUCAUGUUAUCAGCAGCACCCUAAAGCCCCCUGCCUUGGCAGCCCGGGAAGAGGCUGGUACAUCAAGACUGUUCCAGCCACCUGAGGCACCCCGAAAGCCUGUGAACAUACCAGUCAAGACUGCUCCCCGGCCUACCCCUCCGAUACAGCCACUGUCACCAUCUCCAUUGCCUAAUUCUAAGAGCAGCCGAGAAGUUCCUGCCUCUAAAGUCAUCAAGACUCCAGUGCUCAAGAAGCCAGAACCACCCACUAAACUCCCCCCAGCUACCCCUGGUCGAAAGCGAAGUCUUGGGGUCUCCGAUGAGGAAGAAGCAGAGGAAGAGACUGAGAGGAGGAAGGAGAAGUGUAAGCGGAGCAAAUUUGCUGUGAAGGAGGAAAAAAAAGACUUGAAUGAGCUCUCAGACAGUGCUGGGGAAGAGGAUUCAGCUGAGCUCAAGAUGGCUCAGAAGGAUAAAGGGCUGCACGUGGAGGUGCGUGUGAACAGGGAGUGGUACACAGGCCGUGUUACCGCUGUGGAGGUGAGCAAGAAUGUGGUGCGAUGGAAGGUGAAAUUUGACUACGUGCCCACCGACACGACACCGAGAGACCGCUGGGUGGAGAAAGGCAGUGAAGAUGUGCGACUGAUGAAGCCCCCUUCUCCAGAGUAUCAAAGCCCUGACACACAACAGGAAGGUGGGGAGGAGGAGGAGACCAGGAUGGCCCAGCAGACUGUAGCUAUGGUGGAGCCCUGCACUUCUGAGUGCAUUGGCAUUGAGCCCGACACCACUGCCCCAAACACCAGCCAUGAGACCAUUGACCUGCUUGUCCAGAUCCUCCGGAAUUGUUUACGGUACUUCCUGCCUCCAAGUUUCCCCAUCUCGAAGAAGGAGCUGAGCGUUAUGAAUUCGGAUGAGCUGAUAUCUUUUCCUCUGAAAGAGUACUUCAAGCAGUAUGAAGUGGGGCUGCAGAAUCUCUGCCAUUCCUACCAAAGCCGUGCCGACUCACGGGCCAAGGCUUCUGAGGAAAGCCUGCGCACCUCCGAGAGGAAGCUGCGUGAGACAGAGGAGAAGCUACAGAGACUGAGGACCAACAUCGUGGCACUCCUGCAAAAGGUGCAGGAGGACAUAGACAUCAACACAGAUGAUGAGCUGGAUGCCUACAUUGAGGACCUCAUCACCAAGGGGGACUGAGCACAGGAGCUGGAGGUCAGCUCCCUCGUUGCCCACCUGCCUUUCAACUCAGCAGCUUUGGGGUUGGGGAUUUAUUCGUGGGUUGGUGGACUUAUCUUGGUUUGAUUCAUAUGGGACAUUGGGACAUUUGUGCUUUUGGAGGGAAAGAUUUUCUGAUUCUUUGAAUCUUCCUCCCUAAGUUUAUAAAUAUUUAUUUUUUAAAAGAA